GCCUCCUUUCUGCCGAGCAGAGGGUGGGGAGAGUUUGGGGUUUUGCCGGGCGCGGAGCGGCGGCCGACAACAGGAUGUGUUUGUGUGCACCACGCCUAACCGGCCCGCCGCGGCCCCCCGGCACGGGAAACCGACACCGGGAGCGGGGAAACGGAGCCCCCCCCGGCUCCCGAAACGCCGCCUCGAGGGCAGCCCCACCGCAGGGCGCCCCGCGCACGUGGCUGGGUUGGCGGCGCAGGCUCCUGGCGGCACCGCCGCGCGUGCCUUCGUGGGCGUGAAGAUCCCAAGGACCGAAAUUUCUCCGGCCCCAGAGGGAUGAAUCCCUUCGGCCGGGGGGGUGGGGGUGGGGGGUGAAUCCUGCCCGGAGGAGCUCUGUGGGUCGGGGGCUGAGAUUUGGCUUCCCCGGCCCCUGCAGCCGAAGCUUUACCGGAGCGAGCGGGGCGGUUUUUAGGGGAAGGCCUGGAACCAUAAAAUAUUUCUUCCCGACACAAAGUGCGGCGUGGCUGGAGGGAGGCAGCGUGGUGGGGACCGUCCCGGUGGAUUCAACUCAAAUCUUGCCGCUUUGUCCUUGCCACGCUCUCCCGGAGGAGCAGAUCCCCGGCAGGAAGCGUGAGAGGUGCCGCUCCGCCAGGCCCCCCGGCACGGGACGGACGGACGGCGGCGCGGCCUCCGUUUCCCCCUCGAGUUUCCACUUCCCCGUCAGCCUCCUGAGCCUCCUGCAAGCGAAGGAGAAAGGAAGUUGGCGCGGGAGAGAGCGGCUGAUCGCUGCCCGAUAAGGGAAGGAGGAAAUAGAAGGCGAGACAGAUGCUCCAAAAUAACCCCCCCCUUGUUCCUCCUCCUCCUCCUCUUCCUCCCCGCGUGCAGCCUCCGCGCCCCUCGGCCUCCCCAGGCACGAUUCAGGGGGUGCCCCCGGCCGUUCCCACGGCGGGACCCCGGGGAAGGAAGCGCUGCUGGGGCUCUGCUCCCACGCUUGGGGUUGGGGUUGGCACCCGGAGCCCCUCGUCCUUGCACAGACACGUCGGAGCCGCCGGGGCACAUCGGGCUUCCCAGGCGCUGCUUCAGAUCCGCCUGCGAUUUUGGGGCCAAGUCGGAUGUUUCCCAGCCCCGGCAGGCUGGCGGGGGGAUGCCAGGUUCCUUACAGAGGAGAAACCCCACCGGCUAUUUUGGGCGGCUUCUGGUUUCUCCCCCCGCUGUGCCCUUGGCUGCCUGCCGCUCCCGAUGGGCUGCAGCCAGGGGCUGCCGGGGCCGCCAGGAUGGAGCAGGGCCGAGCGGUGCUGGCGGCGUGCAGGGAGCUGCCGAGGCCCCCUGCCUGCUCCCUUUCCCCCCCCGUCACCCCAGUGCUGAGCCAAAAGAGCCCCAAACCUGCCCGUCCUCGGGCACGUGGGGAGCGCCGCGUUGCGAGGAUGGCAAAGGUCCUUGCUCCUGGGGGUUUUCUGGUUAUAAAACCUUGAAAAUCCUCAAGGGCCCUUUUAUAAGGGAUAAUUACUUCCCCUUUUUUGCUGCUGCCAAAUUGCCGGGUUCGUGCUCUCCCGGUGCACGCACGCAACCCUGGCACGGGCACCGCGGGAAGGAGCCGCCGGGCAGGGGGAGCCUCGCGGAGCCUGGUGGCAGUGCCACCCUCCCUCUGCACGGCCCAGAGCUGCUGGGGACAGGGACGGGACACACGGCCGAGCACUCCGCAGUGCCCCUCGGCCGAGCCCGGCACACAGCGGGGUGGGACCCGACCACCCAGCGCCGUGCAGCAGCCAGGCACGGCAGCACCGGGGCUCGGGGCUUGUCCCCGCAGCGUCCCCCGUGCCGGGCUCCCAGCCAGCUGCGAGGAGAGACCUGCGCCGCGGUUCCUGAUCCCGCUGCCAAGAAAUGAGGCUUUCCUCGGGCAAGGUGUUUGCUCAGUCGCUUCCUCCCGGGCCUCACCCUGUUCUGCACACACGUGCCGGACCCUGCUCGUCCCCCGCAGCCGGCCGGGGCAGUGGGGAGGGCAGCGAGCGGUGCUGCGUGUCCCCAUGGCCACGCACAACAAGGAGCUGCUGGAAAAAACUGCCUGCUCCCUCCUCUGCUACCCAAACACUGCUAAAAACAGGGCCUCGGGGAGACUGAGAGCCGUGGGGUCGGGCUGGCCACUGCCGUCGGGCUCUCCAGUUACAACCCUGUGCCACGCUGCAGCUUCAGCCCUUCUGUAAUCCAGCAGCAAGGUUUAAUUAAUUAAUGUUGGUUGGACGCAUGGAGAGCUGGCGGGGGAAACUGAUCCAGGCGGGGAGAGCCGGGGGAUGGAGAGGGGAGGAGAGGGAGAGCGUCUCCAGCCUCUGAUCAUGCGCUCGAGCCGGGCUUCGAGGUCUCAGGGGGCCGGGGAGGCUGUGGUGUCGGGGUGCAAGCAGAGGUGUGGAGGAUUUACACGUGGUGGAGGGGAGAGCGGGGAGAUAGCACCCGUUAAACAUUUGCUUUUGGUGUUAGCUGGGAGAUGGAGCCGCUCCAGGUGCCCUUGGGGCUGGGGACUUUUUGUUGGAGGGAACUUGUGAUGGCGAGAGGUGAAGCGGGGCGAGAUGGGGACAGGGAGCGGGAGCGCGGGGGCUCGCAUGGGGCAUGGCAGCACGACCUCAACGAGGAGGUGGAGGUGCCUCUGCUCCUGGCUCAAGCCCUUCCCGUCGUUGCUGCAUGCUCGCUUCACGCUGACCCAUAAAUUAUUGAAGUGCUUUUGUGUUCCUGCAUGAAAUAUUCAUCCCGCUGCCAGGGGAGCUGACUGUGCGCUCGCGGGGGCUGCCGGGGUGAGGAGCAGCGGCGCGCAAAGAAACGCCAGCAGAGACCUGGUAAUUGGGACCUGGAGGCUCGCGGGUACCGGGGGGAGCCGGGGCCGGCGGGGUGCGAGCGCUGGACGAGGGUGGCAGCAAUCCAUGGCCCCAGAUCCUCCAGAGGGGAGGCGAUGGAGGUACCGGCCCUGAGUGCCCACGGCAAUGCCGUGCACCGGUGCUGCGAGCCCCGGGUGCUGGUGCUGGACAGGGUUUCACAUCCCCGGGAGCUUUAAUUGAUGCUUAACGAGGGGCUGCGCUCUGCUCUUGCUUACACCAGCGGUGCUGUAGGUGCCUGGGGCUCAUCCUGCUUUACACCGCCGCGGGGGGGUAUUUAGGCUUCUGCACGCAGGGAGGAGUUGGGGAUCGGUGCUGCCUGUCCCCGUCCUGGGCACCCAGGGACAGAUUUGGCUGCACUGGGGGUGGCAGGAAGGGAACGUGGCUGCCCCAGUCCUUGCCACGUGCAGGGUGGCUGCGAGCAGGAGGCUGAGGAUGGACAGCCUGGGGGUGCAGGAUGAGGCUGCCCACUGUGUCCUGGCUGUUUUCGAUGCUGUUGCUGCCCUGGCCGUUGUGGUGCUCGGCCAAAGCCCCAAGCUGCGGCAGGGAGCCUGUGCCCCGGCCCUGGCACGUGCCUGGCCCCAGGGGAGCGUGUCACAACGCCUCGGGGCGUGCCAGAGCAUCACCUCCGCAGCUCGUGCAGGAUGUCCGGGCAGAGAACUGAGCACGGAUGUUGCAGCCUUCAGCUGAGCCACGCAGCAUGGGCCAGGCCCUCCGAUCCCGCUCGGGGCUGCAAAGCCUCCCUGGGAGCUCUGUUUUCCUUGGUAGGAUCCAGAUUCCUGCAAAAGUGGUGGAAAAAGCCCUCAAAGACAUGGCCGUGGCUGUGUGUGAAGCCACCAUUCAGUGUAACGGCAGCGGCUGUGCAGCACCGCGCUCUUCCGGAGCAGACGGGACUCAGUGCUGCUCUUUCGGGGGAAGCUGCUGGUUUUCAAGGGCGUUUUCAUUAAAAAGAAGAAGAAAAAAAACAAGCCCCGAGCGAGGCUGGAGACUUCAGCAACAGGAAGGAAAUCUGGUGGUUUAUUUCAGUCUCAAGCCUGCUCUUUGGGGCAAGGCAGCCUCUUCCGUGCUCUGAUAGUGGCGACAGCCCCUCUGCGAACAAUGGGGCCAGGAGGGGCCGCAGGCCCUUCCCGGCAGGAAAACGUCUCAUUCCUGUGAAAUCUCCCAUUUGGUGUUGAGCAGCAGCAGGUUCCUGGGGGAAGAGGAGGGUGCUGGGUGCUGGCACGGGGCCGAGCAGCAGCAAAUGCCCCACGAGGCGAGGGUGGACACUCCUGGGUUCGCAGCAUGCGUCAGGGGCAAGCACACUGCACAACAGCCACCGGGGCUAGAGAGGGAGCAGACUGCAUCUUUAGGGUCCAGGAGAGCACCCUCCAGCACCCAUUUGUGCCUCAGUUUCCCCCACAGGAUGGAUUCUUGCCACCCCAGCACGCCCCGGUGCUGGCAGGGUAGGGCUGUGUGGCAGCGAGGCGUUGCUGAGCGCCAGCAGUGCCGGCAGAGCCUGUGCUUGUGGUUGCUAAUUGGGAGCUGCGGGCGCGCAGGGCAGCUUGGAGAAGCUGGUGCUUCCUAUUUUUUAAGGGCUCCGUGGGUGGAGUUUGCACUUGCUUUCUCGCUGCGGUUGCCCAACAAAGAGCUCAGGCGUGGGAAUUUCUAUUUAUACGGGCACCGCUCCCAGGGCAUCGCGCAGCACAGGCACGCGGCUGGAUGCUGCCAUGGAGCCGGGAGGAUCCAGGGCACAAACGCAGCUGCAAAGCCCUCGAUCCGGUGGGUUUCACGGCCAGGGAGAGGGCUCGGGGCGAGCCAUGGGGCUGCGCUGCCUCUGCCCAUUGCUCUGGGCUCAGCUCUGCCAGCAUCUGGUGCAUGGGGCUGAUGGCGUUAAAUGAGCCCAGCCCACCUGGGAGCCGCCUGCGGCUCUGCGAAAGCAGCCUGUGCUUUGUCAUUUCUGUCUUAUUAAGUGCGAGAGUCUCAGUUCAAAGCUCACGCUGGCAAAAAUCAAUGUUUUCACAUUGGAAGAAAUACUUACAAACCUCUGUGUUUUUCCUCAGGGCUGUAAAUAACGCCACAAGCGGUAUCUUGCACGGUGCCGUUUGCGAUGACUCCGUUACCACUCACUUAAUUCGCAUCCUCGCAGAGCCUCGCUUGCCCUCCCAACCUUGGGCUGUGUGCAGGGGCGGAGAGCUGGCAGCUGGAAGAUGCCCGGGAAGCUGGGGAUGAGCUCACUGUACCCAUUGACCGGCCACCCCUUACCCAGCCACCUGCAGUUAGGGCUGAACCCGCACCCGACGGUCAGGGUAACCCCAUCCCCAUCUCCCUUGGCCAGCAGGGCCAGGUGAGGGCUGUGCCUCGUGCUCUUCUUUGCAGCGAGACAGAACCUUGGCCACUGUGGGGUCACCGGGACGGCGCUGCCAUGGUUAUCCAAACCCUGCGGGGAGCCAGGCUUAGCUCCCGAGCACCCUAUGUAUGCUCCGUGCCAGCAGGAGCUGCUCCUGCCCGCGAUGCGCUUUCCAAUCCCCUCGCUCCUCUUGGGUGACUGCCGCAGGCUCUGCUGCUUUGAGGAGAAACCCUGCUCUCAUCUCCAGCCUGAGCAUAUUCAUGGCCAAUUUAUCCCCAUCCAUUCUCAGACCAGCAGCGUCCUUUAGCUUAAAUAGCUCUUCUCCCUCCCUGGUGAUGUAUUUAUAGAGCGAUCCCAUCCCUUCCCUGCGCUCCUUUUGCCAGGCUGACCGCGCCACGUGCAGACACUUGCAUAAGCAACCUGCAUCUCUGGCCAUCCAUCCUAGCGCGGGAGCGGCUGUUAUCAUGCUGUUCUCACAUCGCUGUGAUUUGUAGCGCAGAGAUUUCCCAGGGCAAGACGCAUCUCCAGGGCCGGUGGCGCUUUAUUCAUUCACGUCAGCUUUCACAGCCAUAAUCUGCCCAAGCAGAUUGAUCUGGUGAAGCGAGUCCUGGUGAGGUGCUGGGAGCCAGGCCGCAGAGAUGGACACCUUCAGCACCAAGAGCUUGGCCCUGCAGGCCCAGAAGAAGCUCUUGAGCAAAAUGGCUUCCAAGACCGUGGCCAACGUCUUCAUUGAUGACACGAGCAGCGAGAUCUUGGAUGAGCUCUACCGGGCCACCAAGGAGUACACCCACAACCGCAAAGAGGCCCAGAAGAUCAUCAAAAACCUCAUCAAGAUCGUGAUGAAGCUGGGCGUGCUGUACCGCAAUGGGCAGUUCAGCCCCGAGGAGCUGCUGGUGAUGGAGCGCUUCCGCAAGAAGGUGCAUACCUUGGCCAUGACAGCCGUCAGCUUCCACCAGAUAGACUUCACCUUUGACCGCAGGGUCAUGUCGGGUGUGCUCACUGAGUGCCGGGACCUGCUGCACCAGGCUGUCAACAGCCACCUGACAGCCAAAUCACACUCCCGCAUCAACCACGUCUUCAAUCACUUUGCGGACUACGAGUUCCUCUCGGCUCUCUAUGGGCCGGCCGAGCCCUACCGCACCCACCUGAAGAGGAUCUGCGAAGGCGUGAACAAGAUGCUGGAGGAGGACAGCAUAUGAAAGGGGAGGACAAGAGAGAAAAGUGGCCGAGCGGGGCCAUUGGCAGCAGCUGCCAGACUCUACAUCCUGUUACCUGUGAGACCGAGCUGGGACGUAUUUUGGUGAUUACCAGGCUUUCCGUCCUUUUCUCUCUACUGCUAACUCUCCCAUUUUCUCCUCAUUUACAUAAAAGACUGAACCUCUUGAUUUUGUCUAACCCAUGCCCAGGAUCUGAAAACCUCCCUGUGCUGGGCUGAGUCCUUUGCAGGUGAUCCUGGGCUUCUGGCCUCCCUGGGCUCCUGAUGUACAUUUUUUUUCCUUUGCCCACCAAGUGCUCUUAGCUCAGAGUCCAAGGAACUGGCUGGAACUGGACUCUCCACACUGAACUUGAUUGUAAUCCUCCUAUGGAAAAAAACAAACCAAAGACUCGUGGUGCAUAACACCUGUAAGGUGAAUCUGAGGGGGUGGGCAGCUGCUUGGAUGAACGGUGGUGAUACCCUGAUACCAGGGGGCGCGGAGCUGCAUGGCUGUAUUUUGACAGGGUUUGAGCAGCUCCACGAUAUGGUGGGAGCAAACCAUGCCCCAGGCUUGUGCUGCCCAGCACAGGAAGGCAUCUCUGUGCCUUGCAGGCUGGAAGGGGUUUUGGCCUCCUAAAGACAAGUCCUGGCAAGCAGAAAGAUCCCCCUUGCACUGUCCCCCGGGUCUGCACAGGUCACCCAAGAGGUGUGCAGGGAGGUGCAGGGACCUUCUCAACCCAGACAUGUCUGUUCAUCCAAAACUUGGCUGGAAUCGCCCUCCUGCAGAUGGUGUCACUGUGAUUGCUUAGAUGCCUUCCUCGGUAGUUGUGCAAAGCUGUCCCGAGAAUUUCACACGUUUUACAUGUCCCUGAGUGAGUUAUGAUUGUUAUUUUUUAGCAAACUCUGUAGCCCUGAUGAGUUAUUUAAAUAAACUCACCUGUUUGGC